AAUCCCGGCCUCAUGUUGGCGUCCGGCGCCAACCGCACCGCCUCGUCCCUGCCCACGACCAGCGCCGGCCCGACCGUCGUCAAUCCGCUCUUCACUGCGGCCGCGGCAGCCGCAGUUGCCUUGGCAAACGCCAAUCAACAACAAUUUGCACAGUCCCACCAACUUCCGUCGCUCUUUCAGCCUCCUCUUCAACUCCACUAUCAUCAUCAACAACAGCAGCAACAGCAACAGCAGCAGCAUCCCGGCCAUGGGGCCUUUCCGCCUCUGCACUCGGGCGCGGAAUUUCUGCUGCCAACCUCGUCCGGUAGGUCGCUGUAUAUUUCUGGCCUCAUGAAGACAUUUCUUGCACUUGGUGAAGAUUUAUUAUUUUAUUGUAUUCAACUAUAG